AACCACAUCCUGUCUCUUCCUGCCCCACCCCAGCCCUGACUCACCCUCCACCUGGGUGCAGGGUUGCUUUGCCAGUGCUGGGGUCUGCGGCCUGGUGGGCAUCUCCUUCCCCUGGACCUCACAAUACCCUGGAAAGUGACAGAAGCCUUGGACUGGCAGAGGGGACAGUUAAAGCCCUCCCAGGGAUCCCCACCCCACGAGGGGUUGCAGUCUCCUCUGUGAAAUAUGGGUUUCAGAUUGCUCCCCUCCAGGUGGUCCUGCUCUUCAAGGGUUAAGUGGACCAUCUCACGCCACUCCUCUGUGGCUGUCCCUCUUGAUCCUUCAAGCUGGCACACAGCUGUAGCCAGCAACCUCAGGCCUUGAGCACUCUCAGUAGGCUGUUCCCUAAGUCCCACUCUUCUCAUUCAUGGGACUGAGGCCCAGCCACCUGCUGGCACACGGGAAUAGGGUGGUAUUAGGGAGUGGUGGGAGGGAAAGUACCCGGGUUGGACUCCCCCAUUGAUUUUAGGCGAGUGACUCAGCCUGGCCUGUCUGGGGUUUCCAUUAGUCAACUUGGAUGACAAUGGAGUUGCCUCAUAGGAAGGCUACCCAGACCACACUAGUUCCCCCUGCUCCCCGUUUAAUCACGGAAAGAUUAAAUGUUCAGGGAGAGCACUUUCCCGUGCCUGGCAGUGGACAUCUACUAGAAUCCCGCGCAAAGCUGCCUGAUGUGCUGCCGACUGUGCAGGCUCCAGCUCGGAUAAGAACCCGACCGGGUGAGCCUGGGGUCGCGGCUCCAGCCAGGCGCCCGCACCGGCCUGUCAGUCACCCAUCGGGGUCACUGACUGGUCCUCCUUCUCUCUCCUGGAACACACGGGGCCGGCGGGUUCCCUUGCCAGGCCCCGGAAGUUGCGCAAACGCAAACACCGGCUACUUGAGCCAGGUGGGCGGGAGGCGCGCCGGCUGCUGGCAGGAGGCUGCUUGGGUAGCCAGCCGAGCCCGGCAUCCAUCUGCCAAAUUUGUGCCUGAAUCUGUCUCCUCGCCUCUGCCCUCGGGGUAUGUAACCGUCAUGCCUGUGGACACGCUGAGCCCUGCAGCGCCUGCCGCACCUGCCCUACCUUUUCGCCUGCGAACCAAGGUCCCAAGCUACCUGCUACCAAGGCCAGCAGAUGGGGGAGCCCGGAAGCCAAGUGCUGUGGAACGCCUGGAGGCUGACAAGGCCAAGUACGUCAAGAGCCUUCAUGUGGCCAACACCCGCCAGGAGCCUGUGCAGCCUCCGCUAGCCCGACAGCCCCUCUUCAGCCCUGGUCCUCGUGGGCCAGUGCUCACACCCAGCCGCCGAGCCCUGCCCUGUCCUGGCCGCCGGCCACAACUGGAUGUUGGCAUUCUUAACAGUCUCAUCAACCUGUGUGAUAGUCCCGUGUCCCCAGCCGAGGCCAGCCGAACACCUAGACGGCCAGAAGGAUCUGCCCACAAGGUCCCACCAGCCACUCCUCCUCGUCCACCGCCUAGUACAGUCGCCGUGCGCCGAGUGGAUGUUCGUCCCCUGCCUGCUUCACCCGCUCGUCCGUGCCCAUCGCCCGGCACCCCUGCCACCUCCAGCCCAGGCCGGCCCCCUGGUUUGCAACGUUCCAAAUCAGACCUGAGCGAGCGCUUUUCCAGGGCAGCAGCAGACCUCGAGCGCUUUUUUAAUUUCUGUGGCCUGGAUCCAGAGGAAGCACGAGGAUUGGGGGUGGCCCACCUAGCAAGGGCCAGCUCGGACAUUGUGUCCCUAGCUGGGCCGAGUGCUGGACCUUGCAGCUCUGAAGGGGGCUGUUCACGCCGCAGCUCUGCUACAGUGGAGGAGCGGGCCCUGGAGCGUGUCCCCUAUGGGGUGUCUGUGAUCGAGCGCAAUGCCCGAGUGAUCAAGUGGCUGUAUGGGUUGCGGCAGGCACGUGACCCUCCGGCUACCGAGGGCUAGGUCUCCUGGACUCAGGCAUCCUGGAAGGACAUCGUGAAGAGGCAGUUGGCAACUUGUCCUUCCUUGUAUCCAUUGGCUGUCUUCGGCAGACCAGAGGCAGCUCCCUUGGGUGAACUUGGUAUAGAGGCCAGGACUUAGUCCUAGACCAGCAUCCUCUGGCAAGCAUGGACUGACCUGCAGAGGCUUGCUGUUGCCCUUGGCCUCCCCCAUUCCCUUAACAAGGUUUGUGACAGUGUGCUUCCGCCUGGUUCCUCUGGUGAGGCUGGAUUUGGGCUGCUGAGUUGGGAACCAAGUACUUGGCCAAGCUUGUCUGCCCCAGGCUCCGUUUCCUCCUUCCUUCUCUGUCCUCCUUUGCUGACUUCCUCUUCCUUACUGAAUGGGCCCUGGCUUCCUGGGAACUUACUCUGGGGGAGGAGGUUGAGAGGAUGGGAUGGAUCUGUCUACUGUUCUUCCUGGUCUUUGGCAUUUGGCCCAGGUGGGUAAACUGUUGGAGGGACUGGUUUGAGCCUGUUGCUCAGACUUCUCUUUGGUUAAUAAACACAGAUGUUUGUUUCUCAA